AUGAACAAAGAAGACGCACCAUGCUGUCGCCCUUCCUCUCUUAAAUUCACCAUAGACCACAUUCUUAACCAUAAUAGCGUCGGGACCAAGUUUGACAGCUGUCACUCAAAAGUGCAAAGUGAACCAGUGUGCGGCAAUGACUUCGUUCUCCGUAGUUUGGACCAUGGUGCCCAUCGUGCCGAAGACUUUCGGAGCAUCACAUUCAGUCAGACAGGAGAAAACUGCCCAGAGUCUUGUCACACAGCCACGACAACACUAAAGCGGGAGACGGACGCGCUGGAAAGUCUGGACACAAGAUGUGAGAAUGCGGACAGCUGCGACGACGGCAGCAGCAGCAGCAUGCAGCCACAUAAGGGGAACAGUAAAAAGAGUAAAGUUAUGGCAAAAAAGAAGACGCGCACUAUUUUUUCCAAGAGACAGAUUUUCCAGUUGGAAUCUACAUUUGACAUGAAACGGUAUCUGAGCAGCGCAGAGCGUGCAUGCCUGGCCAACUCAUUGCAGUUAACAGAAACUCAGGUGAAAAUUUGGUUCCAGAAUCGACGGAAUAAAUUAAAAAGGCAGAUUUCCACAGAUCUGGAAGGACCUAAUAUGGACUUAAGUGAUGCCGGAAAAACAUUAUCGCUGCCUACUUUCUACAAAGAAAACCACAUACUUGGAAGAUGCUUGAUACCAAUGCCUCUACCAGUCAUGUACCCUGGAGUUAGCGCGCCUUACUUAUGCUUUUCGAACGCUACCAAAUAUUUCAGCAUUUUCGAUGGGGACGUAUGA